UUCAACUCGCGACUGACAAGCAGCGGUCGACCGUCGCCGAUCCGUUGUCGAGAGAUCAGAGAUCUCUUAAGAAAAAUAUACCGAAAACCCGAUUCGAACCGUUUCGUUUCGAACCGAACCGAACCGAUACCGCGUUAUCCGUUCCGUGAGUGUCGCGUUUUAUUUAUUUCUUUUUUUUUCAAAGUUUUUUACGAAUCCCCCCCGGAUCCUUUUGUGUGUAAUCGCAUCGAAUCGAAAUCAACUGCAUUUUUUUUCGAGUGCUUUGUGCCGAGGAUAAACUUAAUUCGCAACGCAGCAGCUGGCAUGAUGCUGCUCCGCCUGACUUUGGUGGCCGCCUGCUGCCUUUGUGCCGCCCAAGCGGUGCUCCACGGCUCCAAGGAUGUGAAGCGUCGCGAGGCGGGCUUCGAUACUUAUGGUCCGCCUCCUCGUCCUGCCCCCCAGUAUGGUCCUCCGCCCCAGCAGCAUGUGCCUCAUCGGGAGUACGGAGUGCCGCAGCAGAUUCCCUUCCGCGAAUACGGACCUCCGGCCUUGAAGUACGGCCCUCCCAAGCUUAACUUUUUGGGUGGAGGAGGAGGAGGCGGUGGAGGAGGUGGUUCCUCCCUGCACGAGCAGAUCAAGACGCACUUUGGAGUGCCCAAACCCUUCUACGGACCACCUCACAUCCAGCACAAGCCGGCGCCUCAAUAUGGUCCACCUCCUAAGCCAGCUCCUCAAUAUGGUCCACCACCACAGCAAUAUGGUCCACCACCACCCAAGCCAGCUCCUCAAUAUGGUCCACCACCCCCGCAGUAUGGUCCACCACCAGUGAAGAUCCAGCACCGCCCGGCUCCUCAGUACGGACCACCACCUCAGCAGUACGGACCUCCACCACCACCACCACAACUGCUGCCCUCGCCCCACAGCGCCCCACUCUUCAAGCCCGCCCACCAGCCGGCCACCUCGUACGGACCACCCGCCUCCGGGCCACUCAACCUGCCGCCCAAGCAGAUCUUCGAUGCCCCGCCACCCAACUACGGACCGCCACCACUGCCGGUGGCUCUGCCGGGCAACGGGGGACCACCACAGAGCACCACGAUUAUCCUGACCGGAGGUCAUCCAAGUGGUCCUAGUGGACCCAGUGGUCCGGGACCCGUGAAGCAGGUGCAGAUCCAGAUCGACUCCUCCGGGCACACGCAUAGUGUGAGCGGCUCCCAGGCGCCCUUCCACACGGCCUGCGAUGGCUGGAAACCGAUCCCGGCGCCCAUCGGUGCCUAUGUGGAGCAGAACCACAUCGAGACCCAGGGCGGCUACAGCCAGGUGGGACAUGGCGGCGGCUCCUUUGGCACCCAGUACAGCGGAGUGGGAGGAAGUGCCAGUGGAAGUGCAAGUGGAAGUGGCUCCCUGAUCGAGGGACUCUCCGAUGAGCAGCUGGUGGCAGUGGCUCUGCAGGGAGGCGGCGAUGGAGCCCAUGUGAUCACCGGACCCGGAGGAGGCAACUCCAUCGAGGCGGAAGCUCUUCAGGCCGCCAUUGGUUCGUUGGAUGAUUCGUACUCGAAGCCACCGUCGGAUUCCUUUGCUCCCGGUUCGGUUCACGCGCAGAAGUACCAGACUAUCGGUGGACAUUCGGGAGGCUCAAGUGGAGGAAACUAUGGACCACCACCACCACCUCCUAGUGGAAACUACGGACCUCCACCACCCAGUGGAAACUACGGACCUCCACCACCACCGCCCAGUGGAAACUAUGGACCACCACCACCUCCCAGUGGAAACUACGGACCUCCGCCAAGUGGCAACUAUGGACCUCCGCCAAGUGGAAACUUUGGACCACCACCGCCACCUCCGCAGUUUGCCGCCCUCACCAGCAGCCAUUCGAACUCGCACUCGUCCCACUCGCAGUCGCAGUCGAAUGUGAACAUCCAGUACGGUCCUCCCUCCGGGAAUCCCCAGCCCUUCCCGCAGCACGGAGCCGGUCAGCCCAACAAGCCGGUGGCCUAUCGUCCACCUGUUCCAGCCGGUCUUUUAGAGUCCAUUGGCGCCACCGUUCAGCAUCUGGAUCAGUUUGGAGUGAAGCCCCAGCAGCAGCCAGCCACCUAUAUUCCACCAGCAGCCAAUGAGAUUCCGCUGACGGGUUCUUCCAUCCCCUCGCUUCCUGUUCCCCAGGCUCUCUAUCAGCCGCCUCCGCCGCCGCCUCAGUCUGCACCCCAGGUGAUCCUGCAGCAGCAGCUGCCUGCUCCUCAGCCAGGACCCAACUUCAUUCACCAGCAGCAGCAGCCGAAGCAGCAGUAUCUGCCUCCUCCGCCGGUGGCCAAUGUGCGACCCCUGGGACCUCCGCCACCUCAGCCACCCACGCAGCAGUAUUUGCCCGCCCUGGGACCACCUCAGUCAUCCUACUUCCAGCAGCAGCAGUCGCAGCACUCGGAGAACAGCUACAGUGCCUCGCAGUUCCACUCGCAGGGUUUGCCCUUGCCUCAGCAGGCGCCCCGCUUCAAUCUGCAACAGCAGCAGGUGCAACAGCAGGUGCAGCAACCCCAGCCCAUCAUAGUUCACGACUGCGGACAUGGACCCAAUCUCCUGAGCAGCAAUGGCUACCAGGUGCAACAGCAGCAGCAGUUCCAGAACUUUGGCAGCAUCUCGGCCGCCUCCUCGGGCGCCUACAACGCCAUCUCGCAGAGCAUCCCGGUGGCCGAGCAGCACACCCAGCAACUGGUCACCGGACCCUCGGACAGCUACGGACCACCGCCCUCCGGAAACGAUCUGGACUACGAUCACACGGGCUAUGCCUCGCAGAAGAACGCGGUGGCCGCCCUGCCCGAUGGCACCGAUCCCCAGCAGCUGCCCGGUUUGGAUGGCCUUGAUGUGCUGUCCGCCCAAAAGUCGCAGAGCAUUCAGCUGAAUGGCCAGCAGCCGCAGCAAAACUUCCAGGUGCAGUUCGGCGGUUCGCUGAACAAUUCGCCGGGCGUCGCCUCCGGGGAUGCCAAUCACGAGGAGAUCCUCUCGCAGGGUCUGCUGCAGUCCAUCUUGACGGCCAUCGAGCAGCCCAACGGACAGCAGAAUUUGCCCCAGAACCACAAGGCCCAGAGUCGCUCCGAUGAGCACGCUAAGGAUCACGACCUCGAUCAGGAUCAGGAUCAGGAGCUGGCCAAUGAAGAGGACAGCGAGCAGACCUCCAGCUCCUCCAAUCGCGUCGAGGUGAGGGUGCUGCCCGAGCAUAACGAGAACGAGGAGGAGACCCCCGCCGAGGUCAAGGAGAUCGAACCGAUCGUGGUCAAGGAGGAGGAGGCCAGGCAUUAGUCAUCAGUCACUAGUUACUAGUUAAUGACUUUGAUGUGACUAGUUAUUAGCUACUAGUUACUCGUCACUCGUUACUGGUUACUUGUUACUAAUUACUAGUUACUCGUCACUUGUUACUAGUUACUCGUUACUCGUUACUAGCUACUAGUCACAUCAAAGUUAGCAUCAUCAGCGCCGCUUGAACCUAUUUAUUGCUGCCUCAUCAUCAUCUAAGAGCUGGGAGUCGUCUGUCCCCCAGUUGCCAUAAAGAGAAAGUAAAAGGGGACAGGAGGGGAUUCGAAAAAAAUACACAAAGAGAAAAAAGAAGCUACAAAACACGCGGAGUCGAUCGCCGCGUGCAAAAAGUGCCUUUUCAUGCUCGCAGCUCGUGUAUAAAAAUUAUUUAAAAUAAAUAAUUAAUUUAUUAUAGCAUUGUAUUGUAUUUUAUGCCUUAAACAAACAAAUAAAUAUGUAUGUAAACAGAAAAACACUCGAAGAGGAAAGCUGCAAGUCAUCUCAAGUCGCUGAAGUUGGCGAGCUAAAAGUCAAUGGCAUGCAAAAAGGCAUAAAAACUGCAUGAUGUCGGGCCUUUCAGCUUUUAGCCGACAAACAAACUUAAGUGAUAUGCAAAUUUUGUAUUUAUCUCAUUAAACCAGCUUUAUAUGUA